UACUACUAUAAUUUUGAAAUUUAUCUUGCGUGCUUUAGCUGCCUCCCUCCAUUCUCACUCACGCUCCCUGCUUGCGGCGCCAUUCACUCGAGCAUCUCUCACACUUCGCUUGCUCGACUUCUCUCUCUGUGUCAGGCUGCUGCUCUGUUUUUGAAGUUUGAUCAACUGCAUCUAAUUGGCUUUGAAGGAUGAGUGAACUUCUUUUUGAUGACAUUUUCACGGUUGAGAUUGUAAACCCCGAUGGGAAAAAGUAUGACAAGGUUUCUCGGAUUGUGGCACGAAGUGAGAAGCAUGACAUGUACAUGCUUCUAGAUGUAAAUACAGAGAUUUAUCCAAUGAGGGAAAAAGAAAGAUUCUUGAUGGCUCUGUCUCCUUCACUUGUUUUGAAUACUAAGGAUGGCUCGGUGUCAAUUCAAGACAAGUUUGAAUACAUCAUGCAUGGAAGGUUAUAUGACAUUACGAAUGAGGGAUGUUCUGAACUUGAAGUGGAGGUAUGUGCAUCAUUUGGUGGACUUCAGUUGAUGCUGAAAGGACAUUCUUCCCAUUGUGUUAAGUUUGCAGUCGACCAGAGUUUGUUUUUACUGAUAAGGAAGCUUGAAAGUUGAAACUGGUGUUGGCGAUGGCCUGAAAAGAAAAAUAUGGUAGCAUUAUGUUUUUAAUAAUUAUUUAUGAUAUUUGAUAAGUAGUUUGUCUAAAAUAAUUAGUUUUUUUACGGAAGAAUGAGUUGUGUUUUAAAUGUUUCUCUAUAGAUUGUUUUCGAUAUAUUAAUUAGUUAAAUAGUUUAGAGUUUAGGGUUUAAAAUUUGUUUGUUGUUCUGUUUGGUACCGCAGAAAACGAGGGAGAAGAGGGGAGAGAGUGAAGAAAUACCAUUGAACUAUUGUUUUGGUUGGUGGUGCUUGUGCAUAACGUAACGUGCAAAGAAAUAAGAGUGUAGGUCGCAACCUAUUUUUUAUUUUUUAUUUUA